CAACCAAUCCCCCCCCCUGCCCCCCGGCCCGGCCCCGGCAUGCCCAGCAUGCGGCAGUCCUACACGGUGACGGUGCCCGAGGAGCCGCCCGCCGCCGCCUUCCCCUUCCUGAGGCAGGAGAUGCGGCGCAAGAGCAGCAUGUCGGGCUCCGUGCUCGUGUCCACCUUCGUGGGGCUGCUCAUAAACCAAGCCAAGGUGAGCGGGAUGGAGGGUGUGUGUGUGUGUGUGUGUGUGUGUGUGUGCGAUCCUCUCAAACUUCACGCCGCUGGAGGCUCGAACUCAAAGAGUGCCCAGGGCCUGGUUGGACUGAAGAACCUAGGAAACACUUGUUUCAUGAACAGUAUUCUGCAAUGUCUAAGCAACACACACAGCUUGCGAGACUAUUGCCUGCACAACUCACACCGCAGAGACCUUAACAACAACAGCCGCACAAACACAGCCCUCAUGGAAGAAUUUGCCAAGCUCAUACAGACCAUGUGGACGUCAUCCAGCAGUGAGGCAGUCAGUCCAUCCGAGUUCAAAACUCAGAUCCAGAGAUACGCCCCCAGAUUUAUGGGAUACAAUCAACAGGACGCUCAGGAGUUCCUGCGUUUUCUCCUGGACGGCCUGCACAACGAGGUCAACCGGGUCACCGUCAGGCCCAGGGGCACCAUGGAGGACUUCGACCACUUGCCACGUGCUACAGGUGUAAAACCAGGAGGAGACCUGAAGCGCUUCUCCGAGGCCCGCAGAACCAGCAAACUGUCCACCUUCGUUAAUUUCCCCAUGAAGGAUCUUGACCUGCGGGAGUUUGCCUCUGAAAACAGCACAAAUGCAGUAUACAGCCUGUACGCAGUGUCCAACCACUCAGGCACCACCAUGGGAGGUCACUACACAGCCUACUGUCGCAAUCCCAACUCGGGAGAGUGGUACACCUUCAACGACUCCAGAGUAACGCCAAUGUCCUCCAGCCAAGUGCGCAGCAGCGACGCCUACGUCCUGUUCUACGAGCUGACCUCUUCCUCGCGCAUGUGA